AUGGCGCAAGCAAAGAUGCCCGACGCGGCGGAGCUGGUGCGCAAGGUUUACUGGCAAUUUCCGCCAGAUUCGCACGACAAGACUGGAGAACUUCUUAUGACUAAGGACUACCAUGGACUCUUCAGUCAUCUUGAGGAUCUCAUAUCGUCCCGUGUGCUGGACGACGUCUUGAAGGGAAACGACGGCUUCAGAAGCCUAAUGGGCGAGGUAUACGGCCCCCGCUACCCCUGGCUCAAGUACGCGGACCUGGGCGCAGCCCUCUGGGAGGAAGAACAGGAUCGCGAGGAGGAGUUCAUUCGGCAAGAAGUCCGGAGGCUGGGCCCAGCGCAACUCGCGGCCACCAUGGCCGACUACGACCACGACCACGAGGCGGUGAGACUCGCCCUGGGCCAAAAGAUGGACAAUCGUAGCAGCUUCCUCCCCCAACCGUCCAAGGACCACGAGGUCCCCCUUGCGCCAACCGCCGGCGGUCCAGCCCCGAGAGAGCCGUUUCCGACCGAGUGGACGUACCGUCCUACCCCUGAAGGCACCGAGCCGACAUAUGAUCCCAAAACCACCUGGAAGCAUUUCGUCGUCGGGAAUCGUCCAAGCCAGGACGACAUUGGGGCGGAGACGACCUCCUCGCACGUUCUUGCGAAGCACACUGUGGCACAGCUGGAUUCCGAGAAAGAGAACGAGAACGAGGCCGACAAGGCGGACGAGGACGAUGGUAUACCCAAGGACUGGAAUAGCCUCCCCAAACAUCGAGACUGGAAUCCGAACCGGUUCACGACCCUCGACAAAAUCCUGGCACCCCUCCCCGGAGGGAAGCCGAAGACCAAGGCUCGGCUAGACUGGGAGGCAGAGAAGAUGCUGGAGGAACUCUGCUUGCUCAUGAAGGAUAUCGGUUUGGAUUCUGGGAAGCUAAAGUCGAGCCACGUCGAUAAGAUGCUGCCGGAGAUGAGAAAGAUGGCGGAGGUGAGACACCCAAUGGUCAGGGGUAAGGAGCCGGUGCAGCAGUCCAAGGCGGCGGAGGGGUCGUCGCCGCAUCCGGAAGAGCCGCACACAAAGGCCGUUUACGCAAAAGCCCUUUUGCGGAGGUUCGGUAUACGCAAGACGAUACUCGACAUAAGUUCCAAGGAGACAACCCCUGGGAAUCAAGGCGAUGUCGAGAUGGAUGAUACCGGUCACCAUGGGACGGGGGACGCCCCUGGGCACGUCGACGACGUGGAGAUGAUCGAUGCCAAUGUACCCAGCAGCACCGAGCUCCCUGGUCCUACCGCGCCGGAGCUGUACGACGAGAACUGGCUCAUCAACUGGCUCAAGGACAAGGGCGAGGCGAAGUCGCAAGAUUUGAAGAUGAUGGAAUACCGCGGAUGGCGCAUCCACUCGCCCAAGAUCCAACUCAUCCGCAUCAAAAACUUCCUUGCCGACGAGGACAUCGACCGUACGCUGGGGUGGAAGGGCCAUUUCGCCGAGAUUGCCGUUUACCUCCAGCACCUCCUGAGUGUAUAUAAGGAUGAGGACUGGGGCUGGGACCUCAAGGAGGCCACCCUGAUGCUGCGCACCCACUGGCUGUACGAGCAGCACCACUACGGCGUGAGAAAGCUGAACCUCGGUUUUUCGGAGCCGGUCGUGUUUCCCCAGCGCCUCAAAGCCCCGACGUCGGUCCCUCCUGUUGCCGUCGCCGAUAUCACCAGUGGAGACGUCCAAGGAAACGCCCGACCGAAGCCUCGCUAUCUGCUUCAUCGCAAUCCAGAGUCGGUCCACGACGUGGACUACCAGGUUCCUGCCAACAUUUUGCAUUCCCACUUCUACUUGUGGUAUCGCCAGGACGACACCCGGCUCUGGGACAUCGACGUUGACGACCCGCUCGACCCCAAACCCGAACUCGUCGGCUCGGGCCAGCGAGGCUGGACCUACCGCUAUUUCGGCUACCAGCCCGACUUCAACAUGUCGCACGUUGCAGACCUGCAGUAUGUGAAGUGCAUGGCUCUCGGCCCGUCCGAGACCUCCCGCGCUCUUCGCCAGGAGGCCAACUUCUACCUAUCCAACAAGGACUGGGUCGACAAGGCCGACGGGGAAACGAUCCCGGACGGCCAUUCCGCCCGCCGGUUCGCCGCGUACCGGGGAGCAAAGCGCGCCGCCCUGCAGCAGGUCCUCACGCAUUUCAACAACGACGAGAACAUCGCCCUCGCCAACGCCUUCCGUCGGCUCGUCCUGCCCAUCCCGAUCCGCGAGCGCGAGCGUGCCGAGGAAGAGGCCCGAAAGCAGAUCGUCUACAAACCUCUGGCCCUCAUGCAGCCUCCUUCGGGAGAGAAGCUCGACCCGCUCGGGUUUGUGUAUUGGCACUCGCACCUGCUGGCGAACCACGCCAAACGGGCCGAGCGAGCCCGUCCCUUGGUCGAAAGGGGGCAUCGGGAGCGCAUGAAAGGCAGCAUGCAAGACGGCGAACCCGUGACGCUGCCGUCCGCCAACUUCCUGGGUCCUUAUAAGCCCAGCUACCUGGCCGGCCAGGAGGAAACGCAGCUCGCGCUCCUCAAGAAGCUGAAGGGCAUCCGCGACCUCCUGAAAACCGCGCAGCGGCGGGCGCCGCGGGAGCUUCUCGAGCAAGUCCUCGCCCACUGGGACAUGGGCACCAAGAUGGAGGAACCCAAGGACAAAGCGGUCACGGACGAGCUUCGGCGACAAAGCGAAGUGCUGAAGGAACGGGGCGAGGCAAGAGAACACAAGGAGAUUUCGGAGCGGGACCUGUACUGGAUGCGCUUCCUCGCCGGACCGUCGACCAACGAUGCGCUCCUGGACGAGUCGAGGGCCUACGUACCCGAGAACCGCCGGAUGGAGGUCUUUGCCGAGCGGAUACAGGCCUUGCUGGCCGAUCCCUGGUCGGGGGGCGUGCUGGCGAAUGCCAACGUGCGACGCAGCGUCGCGGAGAUGAAGAAGGCCGUGAAUACGAUCGGCACCCACGGCGGUACCAAGCCCGAUAUGAUCUACUUUGUGGCCCAGGAGGUCGUGUACCACGGCAAGCUCCUUGCCGAUGCCGGGCGCCUGGGCUUUCGUCAGAAGGGCGACGAGGUGACCUUCUCUCGCCCCAAGUACAAGUAUCACCCGGAGAUGCGCAUCGACUGGUACUCGUUCAAGUGCCCCAAGUCCCCUGAUCUCGACACGCUGCCGCCGCCCGCGACGACCCCGCCCCUGGGCUGGGAGACCGCCAUUGCCGUGGCGAAGCACGAGAAGGAGGUUCUGAAAAAGGACGGCGAUGCCGCCACAAAGGGCCCCAGCUCGGCCGAGGUGACAGCACUAGCCUUCAAGAUCGUCGCCUGGCGCAUGGGCGCCGCAGAGGCCGAAGCACGCCGCACCAUCAACGAAACGUACGAAAGGCUCGUCAUGGAGGGCGCCGGCGGCGGCGGCGGAUCGACCUUCACCGCCGCCGUCGACUCCCACCGCCUCCAACUCUACGACAUGCAAGACGUCUGGACGGACGAGGUCUUCUGCGAGCGCGCCGAGAGCGGCGGGCCCCCCGUCAAGUACGCCGCCGUCGCGCGGGCGGCCUACCCGGCCCUGUUCCGGGGGACGGACAAGCUGCCGCUCCGGGGGGACGUGCACCACGGCGAGGCGGUCGAGACCGUGCGGGCCGGUCUGAUCCGCGAGCUCAGCGAGGCGAAGAACAUGCUCUGGCCGGCACGCCAGCGGUUUCGGCCGGGAGAGAAGACGGUGAUGACGCUCCAGCGAGAGCCCGUUUGGGAGUGGGCCAGGCCCGGGUGGCGAGGCAUGCGCCGCGCGCCGAGACGGUGGUUUAGCUUGGAUCGGUGGCCGCUUCACCUGCAGAGUCCUGGGCGGCGGGAGGAGAUACUCAAGGAGUCGGAGACGCGGUCGCCUCUCGACGCGGAUGUCGUGGUGUCUGCAUCUGGUGAAGCGUCGGUGUCGAUGUCGGUGCCGACGGAGGGUCACGGCGCGGGGCAUUCUGGUGGCAGCAUGUCGGUGGCAACGACGAUGACGAAGCAAACCCCGGCGGGCGACGACGUCCAGGUCCCAUUCGCGGGAAUGGAUGGGCCCCUGACGCAGACCAUUCAGGAGGUGAAGAAAACCGUCCAUGGCAAGAGGCGGCGGUCAAGCAGUGCUCAGAGUGACGAGGAUUCCGAUUUGGGCCAGCCGAUCCGGAAUGUCUUGAAGCCGUCAGGUGCCUUUGAGCCUGGCAGGACGGGUACCCUACUCGCGGACACGCCGCGGAAAAAGGCGGCCAUUGAAGAUGCGACUGUUCCGCUUGGACAACCCGAAGACGACAAAGGCCCCGGAACCACCUCCUGGGCUACCAGCAUCUGGAACCCCUUCAGACAAUCCAGGGAGACGCAGCCUCGACGACCACCCGGCUACGUCGGCGGCCCCGCCAUACAACUACCGGCGGCCCUGCCGUUCGAAGUGCCGAAGAGCGUGCCCCGUUCCGUCGCGUCCGAGUGGCCGCUGGACGUACCCGGGUCGGACGAAGAGGAGCAGGAUGGGGCGGAAGACGGAGGCGGACCGGCCAAGAAAAAGGUCCGACUCCUGGUGGGGGCAAAGGCAAAAUCGGCCAAGGCCAAGAGGGAGGACAAGAAGUGGAAUGUGCAGAAGGUGACGGGCAUGUGGCGUCGUCGGCAGUAUUCUAAACACGUCGCCAACCUGUUGGGCCAUGAUGAUCUUGGAAACGCUAUCAUGUUGGCCCUUUCGGGGAGUCGUGAUGACUGGCUCGGAAAGAGAGACCGAGAGAAAGCAAGAGAGAGCAGCCUCGAGGAAGAGGGUCUGGGGGACUCUGUUGUGACUUUUGACGUUGUCGGCGCUGGCGUUUCCGCCGAUUUGAUUGAGCGGACUGCGGACUUUGACCCAAAUGGCAAGGAUGAAGACCCCCCCCGUCUCACUCACCUAACCCACCACCUUCAAGCACCUCCAAAAAUGGGGAUUGACAUGCAUGCUCACCUUCUCCAACACAUCCCCAGUUUGCCCACCAUGACGACCACAAUGUCUACUAUCCCCCCAACAAUGAAAAGCCUCGCCGCGCCGGAGGCAUGCGGGCCUGAAAAAUACAAAGUCCUCCAACUCCCCGUCCCGGCCAUCACCCACCCCAAACACGUCCUCGUCCGCACAUACGCCGGCGCGAUCGUCAUUGGCGACUGCCAAAUGGUUAGCGGCCAGGUCCCCGUCGGUCCGAAACCCGACUUCCCGGCCAAGCUGGGCAUCCAGGGCGCCGGCGUCGUGGCCGCCGUGGGGUCCGACGUCACCGCCUUCAAAGUAGGCGACGCCGUCUACGGCCACGGCUUCACCCGGCCCCUCCUCGCCGACCCCCUUCCCGGUUUCUGCUCCGAGUACGCCCUCACCAAAGAGCACUGCCUGCUCCCCAAACCGCCACACCUCUCCUUCGAGGACGCCGCCGCCCAGCCCGCCGCCGCCGUCGCCGCCUACCAGGCCUUCCGCAGGGGCAUGGCCAUGGCCGGCUGGGACAGCCUCGAAGGGAAAACCGUCUACGUCCCGGCCGCCCUCAGCGUUACGGGGUCCGCCGCCAUCUAUGUUGCUAAGAAUCUCCUCGGCGCGGAACGCGUCAUCUCCACCGUCUCGACCCCGAAACUGUCCCUCGUCGACGAGCUGCUACCAUCUCCCAACCCCCACGACGGCGGUCCCCUUGUCGACCAGGUCAUCGACUACACCGCCCCCGGGAAACUCACCGACCACGUCGCCCCGGGCAGCGUCGACAUCAUGCUGAACACCCAGUUCGACGCCCUGCGACCGGGCAUCCCGCUCGUGAACCCCGCGACGGGCGUCAUCGUGUCGCUGGCCAGCAUGCCCACGGCCGAUACCCUGGCCGGCCUCGUGGGGGGUCCGGACCGGGUGCCUUUCUGGAUGAAGUGGAUCCUCGGCCUGGCCCAGUACUGGUACGCUUUCCUGCUGCGGGGGACGAACAUCCACUACGCCGCCGUGUCGGGCAACCCGGAGAUCAAGGAGGAUCUCGACGUCAUCGGCGAGGCCAUCGCUCGGGGCAAGAUCAAAUCCGUUAAGCGCGUGGUGGACCUUGCGGAUGUUGAGGGGUGUGACAUACAUCAUCUAUGGGUGGUAUGUGUCGCGCCCCCCCCCGUCCUCGUCUCUGGCCUCCCCGUAUUUAUGUCCAUGAAGUUCAGUUCAACCCACGCUCAACCCGCGCUCAACCAUCACAACCCAGACUUACGACUUAAUUCACACCUGUCGCGAACUUCUUCCCCCAAUCGCCUACCAUUGGCCACCCAACAAACAAAUAAAAAAGAGACCGCACCACCAUCAUCCGGCACAAUGGUCAAGCGCAAGCGAUCCUGUUCCGAGCUCUCCUCCUCCACCUCAUGCUUCUCUUCGCCCUCCCGCCCCGACAGAAUGGUGACAGACUCCUCCCCCGUCUCACCCGUCGUCGCCAUGUCUUCACGCUACUUCACUCCCCCCCACCUCCCCAGCCGCACCAUGAAGCGCGUCCGCGACAACCGACCCUCAGAAGAGGAGAUUCACGAGCGCACUCUCAACAUGCUAUUCUCCGCCCAGCGGCCACGACAGCCCGACUAUCCCACCGCCGUCGGCCCUCCUUCUCCUUCUCCUUCUCCCACCCCUGAGAUGUCUCACACCCACCACCCGACGACAACGCGACCUACACAACGAUCAUUGCACAGCUUCUGGCGCAUCAAUUCCACCCCCAGGCCCAGCGUAUCGUCUCCAGAGCCCCACGUCGACCCCUACUCGCUUUCAUCCGGAACAAAUUGCGAGGACUGCGGUGCCGGUCUCGGCUUGUCCGGGGACUGUGACGGUGGCGCUGCUGCGAUGGACGUCGACGGGUACGGAUACGGAUACGGGGUCGAGGCCGAUUGCACGUGCUCGGCCUGCGGAAAACGCGUGUGCUCGCAUUGCUCCGUUACGAAUCUGGGGCAGCAGAGGAGAUGCCUGCGCUGUGCUGGUCCGAAAGUCGGCCGUGCUGGUCUGCCGUGGUCUUCAUCUGUCUCUUCGUCUGUUUGGUGA